CAUAACGUAAAGUUAUUUAAAAAGGCGCUUUUACGAUCCUCCUGUCUCUAUUCUGCAAGAGAAAGAUGCGCACAGACGCUAGAGCAGGAAACUGGGCGGGGACAUGCAAAUUAGUGCGCAGUCCAUAGGUUGCAGGCAGCGAGGCAUGAUGGGAUGUACGGGCGCAGCCAUUUUUAAAAAGGCACUGAAGAUGUCACAUUGCAGCUCUGCCGAAGCCAGCUGCUGCUCGCAAGGUCGUCAGACUUAUGAGGAUGUCAAGGAAUAUUAUGGAAAAUAUCUGAAAAAUUCUAAGGAUUUGAAAACCAACGCCUGUGUAACCCCGUCUAAACCCUUGCCAAAAUUCAUCAGAGAUGCGCUAAAGGAUGUUCAUGAUGAAGUCUCCUCGCGGUAUUAUGGCUGUGGACUUGUGGUUCCAGAGUGCCUGGAGAGCUGCAGCAUCUUGGACCUGGGGAGCGGGAGCGGAAGAGACUGUUAUAUGUUGAGCAAAUUGGUCGGAGAGAAAGGACGAGUGGUCGGAAUAGACAUGACGGACGAACAGGUGGAAAUAUCCCGGAAAUUCAUUGAUUAUCAUACAAAAACAUUUGGCUACCAGAAACCGAAUGUGGAAUUUUUCCAGGGCUAUAUUGAAAAUCUAAAGGCUGCGAACCUUACCGAUAACAGCUUUGAUAUAAUAAUAUCGAACUGUGUAAUAAAUCUUUCUCCUGAUAAAAAAGCUGUGCUGAGUGAAGCACACAGAGUGUUAAAGGAUGGUGGAGAGAUGUAUUUUAGCGAUGUGUACUCAAACAAGACGAUUACGGAUGAGCUGAAGAAAGACAAAGUACUCUGGGGGGAAUGUAUUAGCGGAGCCUUGUACUGGAAGGACCUUUUCCAGAUUGCUGAAGAGAUCGGGUUUAGUCCUCCACGUCUCGUCACUUCCAGCUACAUCACCGUUGAGAACAAGGAGUUGGAAGGACUUCUUGGUGACUACAAGUUUGUUUCUGCCACCUUUCGCCUGUUUAAACUCCCAAAGAACGCCGUGAAGGAGAAGAGGCAGGUUAUUUACAAUGGAGGCGUCACCGGCUAUGAGAAUGAAAUUCAAUUUGAUGUCAACUAUACAUUUAAGGAAGCAGACGUGGUCGAGGUGGAUGAAGAGUUAUUCGGCAUCCUGAAGAAUUCCAGAUUUUCCGAUGAGUUUUUAUUCCAGCCUUCCGGAGACGUCGCCUCUUCUGGAGGAUGUCGGCCUAAGAAGGAAAUCAUCGUCGACCCGUUUCAGCUUGCCGAAAACAUGAGCAAAGGAACCAAAACCCCCGGUCCUGGGGGCUGCUGUGGGCCGAAGGGUUGCUGCUAGAUGUGAUGCAGUUUGUCUGUCGGAACGCUUAUUUUCAGCCAUCAUGGGACAUUUAGCUGCCACCCCAAACCCCCAUAUCUCACUUAUUUACUUUGUAUCAUGUGACAUUAUUACCUCAUUAAUACUUUGUCUUUAAGACAUCAACACAUUUUAUUAAUAAGAGCGAGAUUCCGUUCCGUAUAUUUUAUGAUUUUAGACAAUAAGGAAUCAAAAUCCAUAUAAUAAUGUAAAAGAUAACAUAUAAUGGGUAAUAUAUAUUCACUGGUGCCUUUUGAUCAGAUAAGCUGUGGUUUUAACUGCUGCUGCUGCUGCCUCCUGGAACAUCCGUAUCUCGGACUCAUGCUUAUACCCGGGAGCUUUAAAGGGUUGGCUACUCGAAGCUCCUCCUCUUCUGGGGGAGUGGCUUUUUGGGGGUGGGGCUAGCUGUUUGUUUGUUUGGCUCCUCUGCCCAGAGAAGGAGGAAAGAGUCCCGGAGACUCCGGGUCAGACCGGAUAGCUUCCAGGGGUGCGCACGGCGCAUGCCCUCAAUGCCUUUCCAGCGAGAAGACGUACGAGUGAAUCUGUGAAGAACGGGGAACAUUAUUGGGAUCGAGAAACUAAACAUAGAAAAUAAAUUGAUGGGCACGGGAUAGAUCGGGGGGGGGGCUGACGUACCUCUUGUGAAAUGCCUAAAACACCCUUUGGGGAAAUCCUGCCAACGUCUCAUACCUGAAGCUGCAGCGUUUAUAAAAUAUCCACUUGUAGAGAUACACAGGGUGAUCGUCAAUGAUGUUAAUUCGUAAUGUUUCUGAUUUAAUAAAUUACAAGUUAACUAAA